AUGGACACUGCAGAACGCCUUGAAUAUCUGAGUUCCUUCGUGUUAGCAUUCUCUGACUUGGUGGAAGUCCGAAGCUCAUCAGAGAAGGGAUUCGGUUUGCACAGCAGCAAAGCCUGCGCAGAAGGAUGCGUCUUGUUGAGGGUACCAUUCUCUUCCUGCAUCACUCGAGAAGAUGCUGACAUUCAGGAACUGGAUCCGCAAGCAUUGCUGCGCUUGAGCACCUUGCGGACCAUGCAGCAACCGGAGGAUCCACGCGCGGUCUACCUCUGCAUGGCCGCGCCGCUUGCAUCCUUCACAAGUCAUCCAGCGGCAUGGCCAGCCUCUUUGGCAUCGUCAUGCUGCAGCCUGGCGGCGCGCCGCUCUCGGGGCUGGCGUGAAGCGUUGGAGAUGGAAUGGCGGCAAUGGAAAGAGAGGCAGGUGAUUCCUCCGGACACUUCCGAGAAGGAUCACUUCUGGUCCGCUUUGCUGGUGCAAACCCGUGCGCUGGACACCGAGCUCAAGGGUCUGUUGCUCUGCCCGGGCGUGGAUCUCUGCAAUCACGUCUCAGUGGCUCCAACAGCCAAGGUCCAAGUGAAGGAUGGUCACAUGACCUUGGUGGCGUCCUAUGCCAUGGAGCCGGGAGAUGAGGUCAGCAUCAGUUACUAUCCAGAGGCAGAUUACUUGGAUCUGUUCGAGGCUUAUGGCUUUUUCGACAGCUCAUGUCAGAUCCACACCGUGGAAGUGCCGCUCUCCCUGGCGACCCUCCAAGACCAAGCGAGCACUGCGCGGCGAGCACUGGCGAUCCGGGGCUAUGCCAAGGGCGGCUACGCGGAGGACCUGGAGGCUUGGUGGGUGCCGGACUUCAAUGUUGAGGCGUGCCCGUUGUGGUUGGCCGUGCGUGCGUGUUUUGCAGACGAGGAGGAACUGGGCGAGCGACUUGGAGAUCCCAUUCGCAGAGAGAAGGAGGUCAAGGCCUUUCUCCGCCAGAUCUUCCAAACACACCUUGACACCUACGGAUCCGUGGAGGGAACGGAGGCGGCCCCGGCCGCUGCGAUCUCUGCGGCGCGAGAACUGGUGAAGUUUGAGACGACGCUGCUGAGAAGUGGCUUGGAUCCGCAGGUUUGCUGGAAGUCUGCGCGGAAAAAGGAUGUACUUUGCGGUGAGAUUUUUCUGCUGCUGAGUGGUGAUGUGCCGCUUUCAGCUCUGGCUGUGGCCGGAGCUUCCCAGGGGAUGUUCCGGGAUGAAACCGCACCGUCGCAUCAGUCCUUGCUCCUGCGGCAACGUGAUCUGCCGCAUGCUGUGGCAGUGCCAGGGGGGCCCAGUGAGAGAUUGGAACUGACUGAGGUUUUAUUUUGCUUCCUUUUCCAGCCAGAAUUCUGGGGUACCUCCAACGUGGCCCGAGAGCUCCGCGUGUCCCGGCUGGGCGCGCGUUACGGCGCCGCACGCGUCGGUCGCAGCCGCCUCGCCACCCGAACGCUGGCGACGUUGGCGUUGGCGCUGGCGCUUUCCCUGACCUUUGUGAAGCUCACGGUGACCGUGGCAGAACGGGGAUAUGGAGUCUUCGACUUCUCUGAAGAAAUUGAGUUUUGGUGCAAGUGCGAAUUCGAACUUGAGACACCCAGGACUCACCCUGGCAAGAUCUGUGAAAAAUGGGUGUCAAUUUCGGGAGGAGCUGAGAGCUUUCAAUCCUCGUUCCAGGAGCAAGAUCCAGCUCGCUUGGAGUUCGAGACCUACAAAUUCAACUUGGCAUGGACCAAGAUGAAGCAGGCCGAAGAAGAGAAGUCUCCAGACCUGCCGGAGCUCCGCAAGGAGGUGGAGGACCUUGCGAAAGUUGUGGAAUCUCUGGGAGGUUCGAAACCCGCCGAGAUGAUGACGUUGGAUGAAGCGGAACGCAAAGUCAGAGAGGUUCGGGAGGACUUGAGCUUUGAGAAGCUGUGGAGCAUGACCAACGAGGAAAGAUGGCUGUUAGCUCAGGGCCUUGGUCCUGCAUUUCCCAUUUCCUUGAUCUUGUCCUACACGUUGUAUUGGACGUUGAACAUCCCCUUCAUCAGCUAUGCCUACUACACCACCGUUCUCACCGGUGCGGCAACCAUGAGCCUGGUGAUGGCAGGAGCCUACACCGCAUCAAUCCCGUUCAAACCUUUGAUCUAUAUUGGUGCGAUCCUCUUCACACCUUGGGUGGCAGAUAAUGUGAUGCCAGCGCUGAGUAGGUUCUUCAAGCUCUUCCGCCUUCCUGAUGAACGAGAGUUGAAUGAGAUGUUGGUGCAGCACGGCCACCUGGUGUGGCCCUUCUCGGCGCUGAGAUGUCCCCCGUCGAGUCCCCCUCGUUUGUCAGCCAUGGAGGUCCCGGGCCAUGGUGCUUGGCAGCUACAGCAGUCUGAAGCGCCAGUUGGUGUGGUGCAAGAGGUAUACCUUGAAUCAGAGGCACCCUUGCGGCUGCAAAGCCCGUGUGGCUACUUUGUGGAGGUAUGGCCAUCGACCAAAGCUGGACAGAUGGCAAGUUGCGGAAGGUGUCAGGUGCAGCAGCGUUUGGGCAAUCAGAGCAUCGUGUCGCAAAGUUUGGUGAGCUUCAGACCGCCUCUUGGACCUUGGCCAAGACAUGCGGUCCAGAUUCAAGCUGAUACGAUGGAGAUGCUCCUAGCCCCCUCGUUGCGGAAAACCCGCGGCAACGCUUCGGUCGUCACUCGCAGUGCCCAGCGCUGGCGGCGCGUUGCCGUGACAGAGGACAAGGCCGUCGUCCUUGAGCUUGAAAGUCACAAGAGGGUGGGGCUCUGGGUCAUCUGUGGCCGUCACUUCGCAAGGAUGCUGGGUCCAGCCGAGGGUUUGGUCAGCAGUUGCUGCUGUGCAUCACUGGAUCGUCUCAAAGAGCUGCGUGGACAGAUGGUUGAGGAUGAUCUGCGCAGAUACGAAGCCGUCAGCGGGGAAGUGCAGGCGCCAGGUGAGCUGCGAAUCACCCGGGACGUUUGGAAGCACAGCGAGGGCAGCGUGCUCUUUUCCUCUGAGAGGUCCAGUGCUCAGCUGAGUCGGCACGAUGGGCAGGCAAGCCUCAUUCUGUGUCUCCCUGGUGGUGUCGAAGAAUGGAAGGUGCAUCGCUGGGACUUUGAUCCCUUCGAUGCUGAGGAACAGCAGCCAUCGCGGCGCCGCGAGGGCAGCCCGGAGCGGCCGGAACGACCCAGGCCACUGGGAGAGCCCCUGGGAGCCUUGCCGCGCUAUGGCCUGAUUGGUGGUAGCGGGGUGCAGGUGAAGAGCGAUGACCGCUGGACCGUGGAGACACCCUUUGGGAAGUGCGUCUUAGCCGCUCUGGACGACGCCAAACGGGUCAUCUUUGCCAACCGACACCUGUGCACCACGCUGAAUGCGGAGGGCCAGGCAGAGUAUGCGCCUCCGCAUGAGGUGAACUACCGCGCGCUGGUCUGGGCCCUGGUGGUCUCCUCCCAAUGCAGCGCAGUGGUGUCACUGAGUAGCACUGGCACCUUGCACCCAGACGACAUCCCGGUGGGCUCCAUGUUGGCUGCAGAGGACUACUACAUGGUGACGCCCUCAGCCAUGACAUUUUGGGGUCAUCCGAAGAUCGGCUCGUUCCAAGCCCCUGAAGAAGGUGUGGGUCGCAUCCACUACUCCCCGGCAGACCCAGAGAUGCGCAAGGAUUGGAUGACCCGCAUCCAGCGAAUCCUGCAAGCUGUGCCGGGGAAGGCCAACGGCAAGGUGAAGUUUGCCAAGGGUCAAUCGGCCAGCAGUUGGCCUUUGGUCCAGGGUGAGGAGAUGGUCUACGUCAACACCGUGGGCCCUCGCUUCGAGACCCGCGCGGAGAUCCGCAGCUACCGAGGCAUCGGGCACGUGGUUGGCAUGACUGCGGGCAACGAAUGGAUGUUGUGCGAAGAGCUUCAGGUGCCCUACUUUUUGUUGUGUUGCUGUGACAACGCCUGCAACGGGUUGAGCAAACACCCUCAGGGGGCUCUUCAGGAGUACCUGGACAACAAGCAGGUGGUCGCCGAUGUCACGGCCGCCGUGGUGUAUCAGUUGGUGGAUGGCUUGACCAACGACCCGCCCUGA